UUGUGUAUUAUUGUUAUUAUUAUAUAUCCCCACCCCACCAGUCCACGCCAUCAUCCCAGACAGACUUCAAGUUAUUUGUUUUUUAUAAAACAAUAAAUCUGCUUAAAAAGCAACGACAUAUGCAGAGAAAGGGAUCGAUUCGUAGGUAGAAGUAGAACAUCUCUGUUGUUGAACAGUGGUACUGCUGGUCGCGGUAAAUCUUUUUGUUAUGUGCGUGUGUGCGCGCCUCUCUCCCUCUCUCUCACUCUCUGUAGACUCCCAACAGACUUAACAAUUUAAAAAAAAAAAAAAAAAAACAAGAGAAGAAGAAGAAGAAGAAGAAAGUUAAAAAAGAUAAUUUUGGCCCUCCUCCUCCUCCCUUCUGCAAACUUGAGAGAGCAAGCGACCCAAUCUCAUCCCCGUCUUUUUAUGCUAGCCCUUUUUCUUCUUUGGACGGUCUACAACUGGCCAGGAAGAUCCUUUCGGCAUUCCAUUUGAGUGCGUUGGUGAGGCAGGAGAAGCGACAUGUCAGGUCUGUACAAUCCCAAUUUUUCUCCUGCUACUGCCAGAGCUCUUUCCCCACAGAUUCGAACUACUCCGUCGGAUGUUGUUGACAGCAAUCAGUACUUAUCGGAGCUGUUGGCAGAGCAUCAGAAGAUUUCACCUUUCAUGCAGGUCCUCCCAGUAUGUAGCGGGCUCUUGAAUCAAGAGAUUUUACGGGUUUCUGGAAUAAUGCCUAACCAAGGUUUUGGUGAACUUGAGCGACUACAGCAUAGAAGCCCCAGUCCCAUGGCUUCUUCAAAUCUUAUAUCAAAUGUUGCAGGGACUGGACCGAGUAGUUGGAAUGCCCUUCCUCAGGAGAGGCUAAGUGGUCCCCCUGGGAUGACAAUGGAUUGGCAAGGAGCACCAGCAAGUCCUAGUUCAUACACAGUGAGGAGAAUUUUGCGCUUAGAGAUUCCGGCAGAUGCGUAUCCAAAUUUUAAUUUUGUCGGGCGGCUUCUGGGCCCCAGGGGCAAUUCACUAAAACGGGUGGAAGUUACUACAGGAUGCCGUGUCUACAUUAGAGGAAAAGGAUCGAUAAAGGACCCUGACCAGGAAGAGAAGCUACGGGGAAAACCAGGCUAUGAACAUCUGAACGAGCCACUCCAUAUCCUGAUCGAGGCUGAUUUGCCUGCCAAUGUUGUUGAUAUAAGGCUACGACAGGCACAGGAGAUUAUAGAAGAACUGCUCAAACCAGUGGAUGAGUCGCAGGAUUAUAUUAAGAGGCAGCAGUUGCGAGAACUAGCCAUGCUAAAUUCCAAUUUCAGAGAGGAGAGUCCUGGGCCCAGUGGCAGCGUCUCACCUUUUAAUACUAGUGGAAUGAAACGCCCAAAAACAGGACGUUAAGACAUCAUAUUGGUUACUGCGCAAAAUGGCUUCUUCUGUUGGCAUUAUUUAUGAAGUACAGUUGCCAAAGAUCAAGCUCAAUUAUGCGAUCCAAAAAAUAUCUGAGUCCAGCUAUAGCUAGCUACCGAAACAAAUAGAAAGGAACCGUCAAACAGUCCUUGGUGGUGAGCUUUUCUGGUUGUGGUUGUGUUUAUUCUUUGAACAAGUAAAAUUAAAAUCUAGGAGUAGAGAUACCAAGAAGAAAAAAAAUCGUGAUCUAUACAGUGGGUAUUGGAGUCCGAUCUUGUAAGCCUCGGCCAUUGAAUUUGAUCUUAUUGUUUGUAGCCUUUCUUUGUUCUGAGUGUGGAAUAUAGGAGGAGGAAAUCUUCAUGCAAGGGGAUUGGGCAUACAUGUUAGUUGUAGGUGCAUUUGUGUUAUGUGAUCUAUGAUUAAGGCCAUACUUAAUUCUGUUGGACAUUUGAUUGAUAAAGAAAGGACGACGGCCAUGUUGGUCGGUUUACUGUGUUA